AUGAACCUGCAAGCUAACUAUCCUAUUCCGGCGAAGCUGAUUUAUCCUACUCCGGAGAGUAUCUACAAAACCCGGCAACUGGGCGAUGGUAAUAUGAUCGAUCACAGCCGAACAGAUUUGUAUCGUAUAUUUGAAAAAAUGAUCGGAGCCUGGAACCGCAACAGUCGAGCUUGUAUGCUGAGAACCAUUUGCGAAGUUGCCGACACGCCCCUUAAGCAUAACGGGCUAUUGGGAGAGCUUAUCGAUAUUGUCUUCACCCCUUCGGAGAAUGACCCGAUGGAUGAAGAAUUCAAGACUGCCGCGAAAUACGGAAAGAAUGGAGUCGAUUUUUGCGUUACCGUCGGAAUCAGUGCAACGACUUGUGGCAUCUCAAAUUCAACAACUUGCACAACAGUGGAGGCUCUAAAUUCAAGACAGAAACGGUGGCUGUCGUUUCUGCCGAACGGAGGCCUGGUAAAAGUAGUAUUUUCGUUUGUGGCACCGGUCAAAUUCUACCAUCGCUUGAAGCGUAGUAUCAACGCGGCAAUUAAUCUUCAAGCCAAUUACCCAAUUCCAGCGAGGAUAAUCUAUCCUACUCCAGGGAGUAUCUACAAAAACCGGCAACUGACUGAUGGUAAUAUAGUCGACAAUAGUCGAACCGAUCUGUACCGCAUUAUUGAAAAAAUGAUCGGAGCCUGGGGCAGAAACAGCCGGGAAUGUUUGCUGAGAACCAUUUGCGAAGUGGCCGAUACGCCACUAAAACAUAACGGGCUGGUUGGAGAGCUUAUCGACAUUGUUUUCACCCCUUCGGAGAGUGAUCAGAUGGACGAAGAAUUCAAAACUGCUUCCAAAUACGGAAAGCAUGGAGUCGAUUGUACUCGACUAUAUCCAAAGUGCCCUUCAGGACAUGGAAUACUCGAAAAAAUUUCUGCUGUAAUAAAUAUAUGA